AUGUCAUCACCACCACACUACCGUCUCGGGGAGACAAAAUCACAAUGCAUGAGCGACUGCAAAGGAGAGUAUGUCUCCCUACUGAGUCGUCAACUACGGUCAGCUUUUCCACAAUUCGUUGCAAACCUCCAAGAUCAGUCUCCAGUACAGCGAGAACAGGGUAGAGCUGCGGUUCUGGAGUAUUCAGCAAGCGAGUGCUCAGAAACACAUAUCUUUCAAGACUCGACAGAAUUGCAAAGCUACCUCACGCCAGACCAUUUACCGCAACAAGGAACUCCAAAACGCCGACUGUUCGUUCUGGAAGAUCUACCCCGGAAUUUCAUCGAAGUGAUCGGUUGUCAUCUAUCUGUUCCCCCGAGCUUCUUCGCCGCUCACUGGUACGACCCAGCGACACCGACCUUCAACUAUCGAAGUCCAUUUACGCGUUUCUGUAACGACCGGUUCAUCAUCAGAUACCCUACAUCUCACCAUAUUUCUCUUUGUGAGAAACCCGCGGAACAUCAUAAUAUAUAUGCGUGGAACUCGAAUGUCAACCGGUACCUUUACAUGUACGAUCCGAAGAGUCCGUUGGUAGACGACCCCAAAAGUUAUCACGCCCUGUCAUUUUGGGCCACGGGUGCAAGGGACGAUGGGUCAUGGGAUGCUGUUCUACUUGUCGACCCACCACUGGCCGACACUAUCAAAUCAACCAAAACGUCCAAGAUUGUCAGGAUCAAACCUCAAUCGUCGGACACAGAAUCCUCUGGAAUGGGGUCUCUAUAUCCCGAUAUCCACGAAUUAUACCCCAACGUCCAUACAUCCACUUGGGCCACACCCAGCCCUUCUUAUGUGUCAAUGUUUGAAGACAUACUAUCUCUAUCCAAUUUGCGUACACAUGACGUGACAAACGACCCCAAACAAUCCGCCUCCAUAGCCAGACAACUCGUCAUAUCGAUAUUUCUCGCGUUCCUUCGCCGUCGAUACCUAAAUCUACUGGGGCUACAGAGUCGCUUCUCCUACUCCCAAGCAAUCAAUCGGUGCGAUUACCUGCGAAGUUUCAUGGACGGUUCACUUUCCACCUGGCAGCACGAACUUUUCGGGUUCAUUGUCAAUGUUAAGUUUCGCCUGAAUGUCCUUCUGAAGGAAAUCGAGGAUAAUAUGACCGCACUGGGGUUGAGUCCGGAUGUUAUCAGUGGAACCGCCGCAAUCCCGUCAUGGGAACGGGACGGAUGGACUGCGGUGCACGACAGCUGUACUACGGUCUUGAAUAUGACGAACAUGUUGCUGGAGUCCUACCUCCAGUUUGUGACCGUUGAAGAGGCUCAAUCGUCAAAUCGAGUCGCCAAAAGCUUGGCCAGGAUCACUGUUUUGACCACCCUGUUCAUCCCUCUGUCGACGGUCGCCGCUAUACUCUCUAUGAAUGAGACGUUCUUGCCUGGAAGUCGGUUUGACUGGGUCUUUUGGGUGGUCUCGUUGCCAAUUCUUCUGGUCAUUGCUGUUGUAUAUGGGAAGAAGUCAUUUCCAGUGGUACCCGGGGGGGUUGGGGGCAAGAAGAGAUAUAUAUUGCCGUUCUUUAGGGAUAAGUCCUCUGGGGUGUAG